AUGUCACUGCUGUUAUAUCAUUUAUUUUCCGUUGCACGUUCUCAGUUAACUCGAACUCGGUUGAACCAAGCGACUAAAGCGUUUAGCACAAGUCAAGUGCAAAAUGCGCAACCCGCAACAAACUAUGACGAAGAGGCGGAUGAUCGUGAUCGUUUCAAGUACGACAAAUUUUACGACACUGUGGUAAUGUUUGGUUCACCAGUGGUACUUUCGAUCCUUGCAUAUGUAACUUAUUUGGGACAUAAGAUGGAGCGUCAUUUCGAUCAAGAGAAAUAUGUCCAUUAUCCAUACCUCACCGUUCGCAACAAACCACUUCCAUGGGGUGAUGGUAAUCACUCUUUAUUCCACAAUCCAGAGAAGAAUUAUGUGCCAGGUGUUGGUUUUGAGAAGAAACAAGAGAAGCAUCAUUGA